AUGUCGUCUGUUAGCGCCUGUCUCAACGACGACUCGCUGGGGCCUGCCGUGCGUGGCUGUAGAGGCAACUUUGACUUCACUGUCGCCUUUGAAGAUGUUGUCUUUGUCAUUGCACCAGCCACUGCCUUCAUUUGCCUUGGGCUGUUACGUACCCUGGCACUUUGUCGUCGCCGUCGCCCAAUUGUCGGCGCUUCGGCGGUUCAGUGGACGAAGCUGUCUCUUGCAAUAGGCUUGGCCCUCUUGCAACUUGCCCUUAUCAUUCUUGGGCGAAACUCGUCCCGUUUCGCUUCAGGACGUUCUUUGGCUGCUGCCUCCCUUGCUUUCAUUGCAGCCCUACUUCUUAUCCCACUGUCAUGGAUUGAGCAUUCAAGAGCGCCACGACCUUCAACAGCCAUCGCUGCCUACCUCUCCGUCACGUUAUUAUUUGAUGUUGCUCGGACACGGACAGCAUGGCUUCUAACUCCAUCGGGGCUGGACCAGGAAUAUGCUUCUGUAUUGACGACAGCUACUGCCCUCAAAGCUCUCAUAGUUUAUCUGGAGUCUCGAACGAAAGAGAAAUGGCUUGGCUGGGACAUGAAACAGCACAGCCCUGAGGAGACGAGUGGUAUUUGGAAUCUUGGAGUCUUCUUCUGGCUGAACACGCUGUUCAUGAAAGGCUAUCGUGUCAUCCUGACGCUGGAGAGUCUAUAUCCCCUCGACAAAGCACUUGAAGCUGAAACACACCAACAUCUCGUUGAGAAAGUUCGGAAUAAUCCAUACAAGACUCAAAAGUAUGGUCUAGCACGUUUACUGCUGCAGAUCCUAGCCCUUCAGUUAUUACCACCAAUCAUUCCCCGCGCGGCGCUCCUUGCUGCCAGUAUGUGCCAACCUUUUCUCAUCCAUGCCCUCUUGCACUACCUACAGAGCGAAGAACAAGACCAGAGCCAUGGAUAUGGACUCAUUGGCGCGACGGCUCUGACGUACGGGGCCAUCGCGUUCUCAACAGCAUUAUACUGGUACUUCCAGGAGCGUUUCGUCAUCAAGGUUCGAGGCAUUCUUGUGCUCGCCGUGUAUGAGAAGACAACAGAUUUGAGGAUGCCUACGGAUGGCGAUUCGGGCGCCCUCACAUUGAUGAGCACCGACGUGGAGCGCAUCACAAGAGGAAUCCUCGACCUCCAUGAAUACUGGGCCAACACGAUUCAAAUUGGUCUGUCUUGCUGGCUACUUCAGCGAGAGCUCGGCGCUGCGUUCGCUGCCUCCCUUGGCGUAGUCGCAGUCUCAACCCUGACAGCGUUUGGCAUAGGUAAACUUCUUGGACCGCGCCAAAAAGAAUGGAUGGAAGCAAUCGAAACGAGAGUUGGUGUCACAGCAUCGGCUAUUUCGCAGAUGAAGCUGGUUAAGAUGUCAGGCAUGACAAAGCCAAUCCAGUCUUACGUGCAGAGACUGCGAAUGAGAGAGAUUAAGAUCGGCGGGCGUUGGCGUAUGCUUCUUGCUGCAGCGGCCACUGUCUCUCAGGUUCCCAUGACCUUGUCUCCCGUUAUCACAUUUGCGGUGGCAACCAAGGCGCUCAACACUACCUCUAUAUUCGUCUCAAUCUCAUACCUUACCCUCCUCGCGUCGCCCCUGAUGAUACUGUUUCAGAAGAUUCCACAGUUUCUCGGGGCGCUAACCUGCCUUCAACGGAUCCAGAAGUAUCUGGAACGUGAGCCAAGGGUUGAGUAUCGCAAUGUGGAUAAUGAUAUUAUGUCAGCCGCGUCUUUGACUCCGUCCUUUACUUCCAUUGCCAGCACCAAUGGCAUUGGAAUUGAGAUGCAGACUCUAGAGGAGAAAGGCACUCCUCACGUCGUGAUCAAGAACGGGAGCUUUGGGUGGCACGAGAACGUUGCUGUUCUCAGACACGUCAACAUAACCAUUCCAACAUCACAUCUCACAGCUAUUGUUGGUCCUGUUGCAAGCGGGAAAUCCACCCUAUGCAAAGCUAUUCUUGGCGAAGUCCCCUUUGCGACAGGUUCUGUGGUUGUUCACCGAUCCAGAGUCAUUGGUUACUGCGAUCAACAGCCGUUCUUAACGAACACCACGAUCCGCAACAACAUCCUUGGUAAUAGUCCAUUUGACGACAAGCGAUACACUUCCGUCAUAAAAGCUACCAUGCUCGAUCGAGACCUCGCAAAUCUCCCCCAGGGCGAUAGCACAAUGAUUGGAAGUAGCGGCAUUGCCUUGAGCGGCGGACAACGACAACGAGUGGCAAUUGCUAGGGCGCUAUACCUUGCAGACGCUGAACUCCUGAUUUUUGAUGACGUCCUCAGCGGCUUAGAUGCAAGGACAUCGGAUCAUUUGUUCCGGCAUGUCUUUGGGCGAGAUGGCGUGCUUCGUCGUCAUGGGGCCACUGUUGUUCUGUGUACACACAACCCUCAGCACUUCCAAGCCGCGGACUAUGCCAUUAGAAUCAGCAGUGAUGGAGAUGUGACUGCAGAGAAACCCUCUGGCGACGGUACACUUUCAAAUACUGAUCUAGGCUUCGCCUCAGAGCCAGCUCCGACUGAGGGACUUGCAAGUACAACAGACCCGACAUCCUCCCAAGCAUCACCAACUGUAGCCAUGACUACAGAAGAAGCAGAGGCACGAAAGUUGGGUGACAGGAGUGUUUUUUCCUAUUACAUACGCACCAUCGGCCUAAUUCCCAUUGCCGCCUUCGUUUUCGCUUGUGUAUGCAACGGCUUCCUCAACAACUUUCCACGCAUAUGGCUCACUUUCUGGGCUGACGAUGCGGCCCGACCACAAAGAGGAUUGUCGCAACUACACUCUCAGGCCUACUAUAUCGGAAUCUACGGAAUGCUCCAAGUACUAGCUUUAUUGUCUUUUAUGGCUGCUGUCGUGCUAGUUUUAGGACCUUUUAUCCGUCUCAGUGGGUCUGUACUGCACCAGAGGGCGCUGGAGACUGUUAUCAACGCACCGUUGCAACUGUUGACAACAUCGGAUACUGGGACCAUCACCAACUACUUUUCUCAAGAUAUAACUAUCAUUGACAAUGAGCUUCCUAUGGCUGUAGCCAACGUAGUGCUGGAUAUCUUUGGUGUUGUUGGAAUGGGGGUCCUUAUCGCGUCAUCAUCGCCGUGGCUAGGACUUACUUACCCGGCUAUGAUACUCAUCCUAUGGUUGAUACAACGGUUUUACCUCCGUACAUCUCGACAGCUUCGAUUGUUGGACCUCGAGGCCAAGAGUCCGUUAUACACACAUUUUCUCGAUACGUCUAGAGGCAUCGCCACCAUUCGUGCGUUGGGCUGGACCGGAAAAAACAUCAAGCACAAUCAUCAACUGCUGGACCAGUCCCAGAGGCCGAUGUAUCUACUGUCAAUGGUACAGCGCUGGCUGUAUUUGACCUUGAACGUAGUCGUUGCUGUUACGGCAACGGCUCUUUCAUUGAGCGACAUUGUGCGGUUCUACGCUGCAUUGGAGACUUCUAUUGGAGCUGUAGCUCGUCUCAGGAAUUUUACCACCCAGACUGGGACGGAAAGUGUUUUGCAUGGUGACGUAAAACUUGAUCGGCAGUGGCCAUCGAAAGGCGUCAUUGAAGUACAAGGAGUUUGGGCGGCGUACAAUGGAGGAGAUGCUGAGGAAUACGCGCUGCAAGGAAUUCAUGUCUUCAUUCGGGCUGGCGAAAGGAUAGCCUUGUGCGGUCGUACAGGAAGCGGAAAGUCUUCUUUCAUUCUCCUCCUACUCGCCCUAUUGGAGCCUGUGCAAAAGGAUAAUGUCGAGUAUAUGCUGUCCAUUGACGGUGUCCCUCUCUCAUCUAUAAGUCCUCAGAAUCUCCGAGAAAGAAUAAUAACAGUGCCUCAAGACCCAGUAUUCUUACCAAUAGGCAGCACGGUUAAAGAGAAUCUAGAUCCGCUGGGGGUAGCAACGACAGAGCAGUGUCGUGAAGUUCUGCAAGCAACGGGCCUCUGGGAUAUGGUAGAAUCACAGGGCGGGCUGUGCAGUAUUCUGUCAGAAUCUUCACUGAGUCAAGGCCAAAGGCAGGUCUUCAACAUUGCUCGAGCAGUGAUUAAGCGAAAAACGAGUGGCAGCUCUGUACUCCUCUUGGAUGAGUUCACCAGCUCAGUCGAUGCUGACACCGAGCGAGACAUGCUGGCGAUAAUCGAGAGGGAGUUUGCUGGUUGCACGAUAGUUAUGGUCGCCCACCGACUGCACAUUGUGUCUGAAUUUUGCGACAGGGUGCUUGUUUUGGAUCGCGGAAGGAUUGUAGAGGAUGGUGACCCUCGGACGCUGGCAAGGGUUGAUGAAUCGUGGUUUGCAAGUCUGUUGGCAGCUGGGGGAUGA